AUGAGGACCACGUCGUUUUCCCUCGAGGUCUUGACCCUGCUGUUUCUGACGUUAAUACCAUGGCCGGGGCCCUCGGUUUUCAAAAUAUCAUGUUCUCGUGACAACUCCAAAAUCGUAAGGAAAAUUAUACAAAGCAAAUGGCUACCGGUGUUAGAAAGAUUUCAGGUAAAAUUACCUCUAGAGUGUCCAUUCCACCCCGCACGAGAUAUAUUCGCGCCACAACAUGCUGCAAAGUUACAGCACCGUUCUUCUCAAUGGACCUGUGCAUUUUGCGGCAAAUCCUUUUACGAGGAGCGACACCUUGACGCUCACUUUGACCAACGACAUAAGACCCAAAUAAAUAAGGCUGAAGAUGCAGUAUGUCUAGCAGACUAUUGUGAUAUAAUGCGGUGUCAAGUACUCAUUGCACACGGCCUUAUGAGUGACGGAAUCAUACCCAGCACUGACGUCGAAGUGUGGCAAGAUUUAGAGUCAGCGAGAAAAGCUCUUGCACCGGCGGCUACGAGAAGUGUCGCUAAGGUACCCAUUCGACGUCGGCAAAGGCCGAGACCUCCCCCAUUACCAGUGCCAGAUUGUCCUCGGACGGAACCUGAUAGUGAGGAAAUAGAAGCAAUAGACAACGGAGAAAAGAAAAGAGAAGAAAGUGACGUUGAUACAAAUCAAACGGCGGAACUUUGUGAUGCUGACACAGUGGAGUCUUCGUUGCCACCUGACAGCAGGCAGAAGAGGCUCGCUGACCUGCAAGCAGAAAGAGCAGCCUGUGAUCCUAAUAAACUUCAGGGUUUAAAGGUGCGCUGUGAGAAAGUUGUUCAUUCGUGUAUUGCGACACUUCUUCUACAUCUCACACAGCCACAAUUUACGGAACUCGAAGAAGAAAUGCAACGAGCAGUCUGUUGGUACCUUAGUUGCGACCGGUACUGGGAAGACACGACACCGGCAGCCAGGGCUUUCCCCUGGCCUCUUUUAAUUGCCCUGGCCACAGGCCUGGCACUGGCUCUUUGUAUGUGCUACUACAUCAUAUGGAUUGUGUUUGAUUCUGAAGAGGGAAGCAUAGCGGGAAGCGCGUCCGUUUCCAUGACAACGCAUUCCUCGCCAACGCGUGGCGAGCGACUUGGCGCCGAAGACGCGAUGCUCGACGAAGAUCACGACGACCAUUACAUAUUUGUCAGUUAUCCACCAGAACUCAAGCGGAGAUUACUUGAAAGGUACGCUCAGAAUAUUACGCUGAUUAUUCUCUGUCCUUUUAUUCGACAAAGUCGUGUUGAUUAA